AUGGUGGAUGAAGCACGUAAUGUUUCAAUAAAGGAGCAAAUGGCGAUGGUGUUCCGUUAUGUGAGUGACAAAGGACAAAUAAUUGAAAGACAGCAAGUGGACCAACUGAAAGUAGCAGUGAGGAAGGAAGUAUUGACAACAAGUGCAGGUGAUUUUUCACAUCAGCUCAAGCUAAUUGAUGCAGUCCAGCGCCUUGGCGUGGCUUACCAUUUCGAAAGAGAAAUCGAAGAAGCCUUGCAACGUGUGCACGUUACAUAUCAUGACUAUGAUGGUGCGGAUCUCUACACUGUUGCUUGUUUUCGGCUACUAAGACAACAUGGAUUCAAUGUUUCUUGCGAUAUAUUCAACAAGUUCAAAGAUAAAAAUGGUAACUUCAAGGAGAGCUUAACUGCUGAUGUUCCUGGGAUGCUAAGCUUUUAUGAAGCAGCACAUCUAAGGAAGCAUGGAGAAGACAUACUAGAAGAGGCUCUUGUUUUCCUCGCACAAUUCUAUAAUGGCCUACCCGAAAACAACCAGUGA